AGGGACGACCAGAGAGAGGGGGAGGGAGGGUCCAGUCGCCCCUAGCCGAGCACUUUUUUUGGAAGUCCUUAGGACUGCUCUGCAGGACCAGAACUCUGUUCCCAGUGCUUGGGGCCCUGCUCAGCCAAAGCACCCAGGCCUUGCCCGCCAUGUGGCCCCUUCGUGUAUGGCAGUGGAUUCCCUGGGAGCUGUUGCUGUGCCUGCUGUGCAGCUCCUGCUGGGGGUCCCCAUCUCCGUCUGCGGGCCCGGAAAAGCGGCCUGGCAGUGAGGGGCUGCGCUUCCGGCUGGCUGGCUUCCCCAGGAAGCCCUACGAGGGCCGCGUGGAGAUCCAACGUGCUGGGGAAUGGGGCACCAUCUGUGAUGAUGACUUCACUCUGCAAGCUGCCCACGUCCUCUGCCGGGAACUGGGCUUCACAGAGGCCACGGGCUGGACACACAGUGCCAAAUACGGCCCUGGGACAGGCCGGAUCUGGCUGGACAACCUCAGCUGCAGUGGCAAUGAGCAGAGUGUGGCCGAGUGCACUUCCCGGGGCUGGGGCAACAGUGACUGCACCCACGACGAGGACGCCGGUGUCAUUUGCAAGGACCAGCGCCUCCCUGGCUUCUCAGACUCCAACGUCAUCGAGGUGGAGCAGCAGCUGCAGGUGGAGGAGGUGCGACUCCGCCCAGCCGUGGGCUGGGGCAGGCGGCCCCUGCCCGUGACUGAAGGCCUGGUUGAAGUGCGGCUUCCUGACGGCUGGUCUCAAGUGUGCGACAAAGGCUGGAGCGCGCACAACACCCGCGUGGUCUGUGGGAUGCUGGGCUUCCCCAGCGAAAAGAGGGUCAACGCAGCCUUCUACAGGCUGCUGGCCCAGAAGCAGCAACACUCCUUUGGUCUGCAUGGGGUGGCAUGCAUGGGCACCGAGGCCCACCUCUCCCUCUGUUCCCUGGAGUUCUAUCGUGCCAAUGACACCGCCAGGUGCCCUGGGGGGGGCCCUGCCGUGGUGAGCUGCGUGCCUGGCCCUCUCUACGCAGCGUCCAGCAGCCAGAAGAAGCAGCAGCAGUCACAGCUUCAGGGGGAGGCCCAUGUGCGUCUGAAGGGUGGGGCCCACCCUGGAGAGGGCCGAGUGGAAGUCCUGAAGGCUGGCACGUGGGGCACAGUGUGUGACCGCAAAUGGGACCUGCAGGCAGCCAGUGUGGUGUGUCGGGAGCUGGGCUUCGGCACUGCUCGAGAGGCUCUGAGUGGUGCCCGCAUGGGGCAGGGAAUGGGUGCCAUCCACUUAAGUGAAGUUCGGUGCUCUGGACACGAGUCCUCCCUCUGGAAGUGCCCCCACAGGAACAUCACAGCCGAGGACUGCUCCCACAGCCAGGAUGCCGCGGUCCGAUGCAACCUGCCCUACACUGGAGUGGAGACUAAGGUCCGACUCAGUGGGGGCCGCAGCCGUUAUGAGGGACGAGUAGAGGUGCUAACAGGGGGACCUGGGUCCCUUCGCUGGGGCCUCAUCUGUGGGGAUAACUGGGGGACGCUGGAAGCUAUGGUGGUCUGUCGGCAACUUGGUCUGGGCUAUGCCAGCCAUGGCCUACAGGAGACCUGGUACUGGGACUCAGGGAAUCUAACAGAGGUGGUGAUGAGUGGCGUGCGCUGCACAGGGACUGAACUGUCACUGGACCAGUGUGCCCACCAUGGCACCCAUGUCAGCUGUAAAAGGCCAGGGACUCGCUUCACUGCUGGAGUCAUCUGCUCUGAGACCGCAUCCGACCUGCUGUUGCACUCCGCACUAGUGCAGGAGACAGCCUACAUCGAGGACCGGCCUCUGCACAUGUUGUACUGUGCUGCAGAAGAGAACUGCCUGGCCAGCUCAGCCCGCUCAGCCAACUGGCCUUACGGCCAUCGGCGCCUGCUGCGGUUCUCCUCCCAAAUCCACAACCUGGGGCGAGCCGACUUCAGGCCCAAGGCUGGUCGCCACUCCUGGGUGUGGCACGAGUGCCACGGGCAUUACCACAGCAUGGACAUCUUCACUCACUAUGAUAUCCUGACCCCCAAUGGCACCAAGGUGGCCGAGGGUCACAAGGCUAGUUUCUGCUUAGAAGACACCGAGUGUCAGGAGGAUGUCUCCAAGAGGUAUGAGUGUGCCAACUUUGGAGAACAAGGCAUCACAGUGGGUUGCUGGGAUCUCUACAGGCACGAUAUUGACUGUCAGUGGAUUGACAUCACAGAUGUGAAGCCAGGAAACUACAUCCUCCAGGUGGUCAUCAACCCCAACUUUGAAGUAGCAGAGAGUGACUUCACCAACAAUGCAAUGAAAUGUAACUGCAAAUAUGAUGGGCACCGCAUCUGGGUGCACAACUGCCACAUUGGUGAUGCCUUCAGUGAGGAGGCCAACAAGAAGUUUGAACGCUACCCUGGCCAGACCAGCAACCAGAUUGUCUGAAGUCCCACCUCUGGCUUCUGCAAACCACCACUGGCAGGAGUGUGAGGCUGCCAUUACCUCAGGAGCUUACCACAGACCCUGCCGACAUCUGCAGGCAUGGCUCUCAUCCAACGGCGCACUGUGGAUGUGGAACUGACCAGAAGUCGUCCUUCUUAUAGGCCAGCUGUCAGCAGCUAUGGCCAAGCUUAAGGAUGCUUUGCUCCCAGGCCUGACACAGAACAGAUCGCGCCACAGGGAACAGCACCUGACUGCCUGGCACGCCAGGCGGCAGCGCUUGCUUUCCAGAACAGGGAGUCAGGAUGGUCAGCUUCAGGGUCUCCCCAAAGUGCAGGGGGAUACAGCUUUACCUCUGGCCAUUUUGGUGGAGGGAAACAUCCAGCUCCCCCUCAACUAUGAAUAUAACAUGUUGCUAAGUAUAAUUUUA